AGCGCACCAUUAUUCAGUGUAAAGAAAGCGCCAGAACGGUGCAGUCAAUAAGAUAACAUUUUUGUCCUUUUCUAUAUAUUACUACAGGCCGACUCAGAUUAAGUCUGAGGCCGGUAACAUCAACAGUGAGGACAAUCCCAGCCUGCCUCUCUCCUUCCACACUGAGUCCAAACCUACAGUCACUGGGUCCUGAUUGUGACAGUGGAGCCCAGUUUGCUCUGCAGGAUCCAGAGAUGGCAUCAGUGAAGCUGGAAGACUGCAGUCCAACAAUGGAGCUGAAUAUUGACAUUAAAGAUGAAGAAGAGGAGGAGAAGAUUGGGGGAUCUGUUAGUUAUGGUAUGACGCCGGUAACAUCAACAGUGACGACAAACCCAGCCCUCCUCUCUCCUUCCACACUGAGUCCAAACCUACAGUCACUGGGUCCUGAUUGUGACAGUGGAGGCCAGUUUUUACAGCAGGAUCCAGAGAUGACAUCAGUGAAGCUGGAAGACUGCAGUCAAACACUGGAGCUGAAUGUCAACAUUAAAGAUGAAGAAGAGGAGGAGAAGAUUGGGACAUCUGUUUCUCAUGGACGACUAGAAUUAAGUCUGAAGCCGGUAACAUCCACAGUGAGGACAAACCCAGCCUGCCUCUCUCCUUCCACACUGAGUCCAAACCUACAGUCACUGGGUCCUGAUUGUGACAGUGGAGCCCAGUUUGCACUGCAGGAUCCAGAGAUGGCAUCAGUGAAGCUCGAAUGCGGUCAAACACUGGCGCUGAAUGUCAACAUUAAAGAUGAAGAGGAGGAAGAGAAGAUUGGGAAAUCUGUUUCUCAUGGUAUGACGCCGGUAACAUCAACAGUGACGACAAACCCAGCCUGCCUCUCUCCUUCCACACUGAGUCCAAACCUACAGUCACUGGGUCCUGAUAAUGACAGUGGAGGCCAGUUUUUACAGCAGGAUCCAGAGAUGGCAUCAGUGAAGCUGGAAGACUGCAUUCAAACACUGGAGCUGAAUGUCAACAUUAAAGAUGAAGAAGAGGAGGAGAAGAUUGGGACAUCUGUUUCUCAUGGACGACUAGAAUUAAGUCUGAAGCCGGUAACAUCAACAGUGAGGACAAACCCAGCCUGCCUCUCUCCUUCCACACUGAGUCCAAACCUACAGUCACUGGGUCCUGAUAAUGACAGUGGAGCCCAGUUUGCGCUGCAGGAUCCAGAGAUGACAUCAGUAAAGCUGGAAGACUGCAGUCAAACACUGGAGCUGAAUGUCAACAUUAAAGAUGAAGAAGAGGAGGAGAAGAUUGGGAAAUCUGUUUCUCAUGGUAUGAGGCCGGUAACAUCAACAGUGAGGACAAACCCAGCCUGCCUCUCUCCUUCCACACUGAGUCCAAACCUACAGUCACUGGGUCCUGAUUGUGACAGUGGAGCCCAGUUUGCACUGCAGGAUCCAGAGAUGGCAUCAGUGAAGCUGGAAGACUGCAGUCAAACACUGGAGCUGAAUGUCAACAUUAAAGAUGAAGAAGAGGAGGAGAAGAUUGGGACAUCUGUUUCUCAUGGACGACUAGAAUUAAGUCUGAAGCCGGUAACAUCAACAGUGAGGACAAACCCAGCCUGCCUCUCUCCUUCCACACUGAGUCCAAACCUACAGUCACUGGGUCCUGAUUGUGACAGUGGAGCCCAGUUUGCACUGCAGGAUCCAGAGAUGACAUCAGUGAAGCUGGAAGACUGCAGUCAAACACUGGAGCUGAAUGUCAACAUUAAAGAUGAAGAAGAGGAGGAGAAGAUUGGGAAAUCUGUUUCUCAUGGAGACCAUGUUGAGACAUUUUCUACAUCCAGAGAGAAACAGCAGGAAGGUCACAGAGCUAAGAGGUCUCACCACUGCCCACAUUGUGAGGAGAUUUUCCCAAUUCUAUCAAAGCUAAAAAUACACCUAAAAAUACACACAGGAGAGAAUCCGUAUUCCUGUACUGACUGUGGGAAGAGAUUCACAACAUCAGGGAAUCUGACAGUUCAUCAGAGAGUGCACACUGGAGAGAAGCCUUACUCCUGCCCUGACUGUGGAAAGAUUUUCUCUCGACUGGGCCACUUAAAAAGACAUGAACAUAUACAUACAGGAGUGAAGCCUUACUCCUGCUCUGACUGUGUUAAAUGCUACACAACAUCAGCUGAGCUAAAACUUCAUCAGAGAGUGCACACUGGAGAGAAGCCUUACUCCUGCUCUGACUGUGGAAAGAGUUUCUCUCGACAGGGUUUUUUAAAAGCACAUGAACUUAUUCAUACAGGAGUGAAGCCUUAUUCCUGCUCUGACUGUGGGAAGAUUUUCUCUCAACUGGGCAACUUAAAAACACAUGAACGUAUACAUACAGGAGUGAAGCCUUACGCCUGCUCUGACUGUGUCAAAUGCUUCACAACAUCAACUGAGCUAAAAGUCCAUCAGAGAACACACACAGGCGAGAAGCCUUACUCCUGCUCUGACUGUGGAAAGAGUAUCUCUCUACUGUGCAAUUUAAAAACACAUGAACGUAUACAUACAGGAAUGAAGCCUUACUCCUGCUCUGACUGUGUAAAAUGCUUCACAACAUCAGCUGAGCUAAAGGUUCAUCAGAGAACACACACAGGUGAGAAGCCUUACUCUUGCUCUGACUAUUGUGAGAAGAUAUUCACAACAUCACAGGCUCUGACAGCUCAUCAGAAAGUGCACACUGGAGAGAAGCCAUACUUCUGCUUUGUCUGUGGGGAGAGUUUCUCUCAACAGGGCCAUCUAAAAACCCACCAUCGAAUACACACAAGAGAGAAGCCAUACUCCUGCUUUGACUGUGGGGAGAGUUUCUCUCAACAGGGCCACCUAAAAACCCACCAACGAAUACACACAGGAGAGAAGCCUUACUCCUGCUCUGACUGUGGAAAGAGUUUCUCUCAACUGGGCAGCUUAAAAACACACCAACGUAUACACACAGGAGAGAAGCCUUACUCCUGCUCUUACUGUGGGGAGUAUUUCUCUCAACUGGGCAACUUAAAAACACACAAACGUAUACACACAGGAGAGAAGCCUUUCUCCUGCACUGACUGUGGGAAGAGCUUCACAACAUCACAAGCUCUGACAGUUCAUCAGAGAGUGCACACUGGAGAGAAGCCUUACUACUGCUCUGAAUGUGGAAAGAGUUUCUCCCAAUUGGAUAUAUUAAAAUGUCACCAACGAAUACAUACAGGAGAGAAGCCUUACUCCUGCUCUGACUGUGGUAAGAGUUUCUCUCAACUGGGCAACUUAGAAGCACACCAACGUAUACACACAGGAGAGAAGCCUUACUCCUGCUCUGAGUGUGGGAAGUGCUUCACAACAUCAGCUGAACUAAAAGUUCAUAAAAGAUCACACACAGGAGAGAAGCCUUACACCUGUUCUGACUGUAGAAAGUGUUUCUCCCGAUUGGAUAUGUUAAAAUGUCAUCAGCGAAUACAUACAGGAGAGAAGCCUUAUUCCUGCUCUGACUGUGGAAAAAGGUUCUCCCAACUGGGCAACUUAGAAACGCACCAACGUACACACACAGGAGAGAAGCCUUACUCCUGCUCUGACUGCGGGAAGAGUUUCUCCCGAUUGGAUACCUUAAAACGCCACAAAUGUAUACAUAAAGGGCAGAAGCCUCAUCAGUUCUCUCAGACCAGCUAAGACUUAAAGUCACUCCAUCACUUAAAGAUGCACUAUGUAGAAAUUACUCCACCAUUUCCUGCAUGUUAAAAUUGCAAUAGUUCUAAUAGCCUCCAGUUUGUGACAAAAUAAGCAGUCAUUGUGUAGUGAAUCAUUGUACCAUCUAAACCGCUGCGAAAUAUAUUUUCCAUUCUCAAAAUAUUGUAUUUUCAGCUGUUGUACAAAAAUGGAAGUAAAAAACAAAACUUCAGAACGGGAAGCAUAGAAAUAGUGCACAUAGAACAGAUCUACUGCUUCUUAGACUGAGAGAAGCCUUACUCCUUGUCUGACUGUGGAAAAGGCUUCACAGCACUGGGUGAUCUAAAAGUUAAUCAGUGAACACACACUGGGGAAAAGCUUGUGUGUACUGCACUGCCUGUGGGAAUAUUUUAUCUCUAAUGGACACCUUAGCUAGGCUUGGGCAUUAUCCAGAUUGUCAUACCUUCAUACUGACCUUGUGCCAUACCAGAAUAUUAGGUAACUGCACGCAAAAAUAUAUAUAUAUAUUUUAGACAGCAUAUAAUAGACAGCAUCCAGGAGAAGUUAGCUAACUAACUACUAAAUUAGCAAACUAAAUGCACAACUGCAGAGCAUUUAGCACAUUUUAGACUGUUAACUUAAAGGGAUAUUCCUCAUCUCCAGCACCACCCCAACAUCAACAUGUGAAUGUUGCGUGUUUCUGUAGUAAAAAAAAGAUUGAGGAAGAUAAGUGUUUCUAAUGACAUCAUCGGUGGGCAUCGUGUGAUUUUUGACCAAUUUAUGAGGAGGCAUUGCCUACUAAUUGGUUGAUGAUGUCAUUUUCACAUGUUGAUGUUUGGUUGGUGCUUCAUUUCCCUUUAAUAGAGCUAGUUAUAUGAUAUUAUAUAUUUGUCACAUAUAUGUACCGACAGAUGUAGCCUAUUGAAUAUCAUUAUAGAGGAUGCAUUAAAUGCAUCCUCCAAUUGUAAAGUCUGUCUAUGCCCAUACAGGAGACAGUGUUGAGAGCAACAGCAUAAAGAGAGCAAAGAGGUCUCACCACUGCCAAUUCUCUCAGAACAGUUAAGAUUAGAGUCACAAAAUAAAUUGUAACAGUGAAUUGGAUCAAAUGAAGAAUGUGUAGAACACUCUAUUGUAAUCAUAUUGUUUCUCACUGUGAGAGAACUGUACCGAGGAAAGAGAGCGUUAUAGAAUGUUAACCUCUUACUUUACAUAUCACUGUGCACCUUGUCUGUUUUGGUGUGUUUUGUUAGCUUCUAAUGUAAAGAUAUUGAGAUGACCUUGGAUUUUCACUUAGUGUUAAAUAUCUUCUGAGGCUUCUCAUUUUAAAAACAAACAUUUUAUAGUUUAACAGUUGACGUGGUGGUACUGCUUCCCUCUCAGCCUGGUCUGACUCUUUCUGUGGGGAGAGUUUCAACUGGUCAGCUUAAAAACACACCAACUGUAUACACACAGGAGAGAAGCCUUACUCCUGCUCUUUGGAUGGCUGGGCGUAUAACUCGAACAUCUAGCAACCCAAAGGUUGCAUGUUUGAAUCUCAUCACAGAUGACUUUAGCUUAUUUUAGCUAAUAAGCAACUUUGCAACGUCUUACUACUUUUUAGAUACUACUUAGCAUGUUAGCUUAGCAUGUCGCUCCUUAGCAUGUUAGCUAACCCUUCCCCCCCAAAAAAAAGUUUUUCCCCUAACCCUAAACUUAACCCAAAGCAUAGCCACCUAGCUAGCAUUAGCAACAAUACAUUGUAAUUCGUAACAUAUUGAACAUUUGUAACAUAUUUUACAAAUUCCAAUUCAUAACAUAUCAUACAAAUUGUAAUUUAUACAUCCUACUGUAUUCUACAUUACAUGACCAAAAGUAUGUGGACACCUGCGCAUCGAACAUCUCAUUCCAAAAACAUGGGUAUUAAUAUGGAGUUGGUCCCCCUUUUGCAGCUAUAACAGGCUCUUCCGGGAAGGCUUUCCACCAGAUGUUGGAACAUUGCUGUGGGCACUUGCUUUCAUUCAGGUUGUCCCUCUGCAGUUCUCUGUGGGAAUGAACUAGUUGACACAACAUGUAUCAGAUAGAGAUGAUCAGUUUUCAGCAUUAGUUUGGGGGGAUUAUUUUUGCUAUUAAACAACUGUUUAAUGAUACACAGGUUAUGAAACAACUACAUGUCUUUAUUAAGUUAUCUUUUAAAAGCAGAUUUGUUUUAGUCAUUGAUAAUGAAUGUGUUUGGAUAACUGCAUAAGUUAAGUUAAUUGAUCUGCCAAUUAAAAAUAAAGUUACAAGAAUUUGUACUGGUCAAACUCUUCUGUUUUGUAUUCAGUUCUUCGUAUUAGAUCUGACAGUAUGAAUGGUUCUUAUGGUUGUAUUCAGUUCUUCAUAUUAGAUCUGACAGUUUGAAUGGUUCUUAUGGUUGUAUUCAGUUCUUCAUAUUAGAUCUGACAGUAUGAAUGGUUCUUAUGGUUGUGUUCAGUUCUUCAUAUUAGAUCUGUCAGUA